AUGGAGAAUGAGUUACGGACGACAUUCGAAGCAGGUACUAGGCUGAGAGCACAUGGCUUGACAAAUAACUUAACACAAGUUGGAAUAUCCAACGACAUUGACAUUGUAGACUUCUCCGAAAAUACGUGCACUUGUUGUGAGUUCCAACUGAAUCGUAUGCUGUGCGUUCACGCAACCCAUGCUGCUUGCUUGAGAGGUAAGUUAUUGUACAAUCUCUGCUCACCGUAUUACACAUUCGAGUACUGGAAGGGUGCCUAUGGAGAAGCUAUAUAUCAUAUUUUACGUGAAGUGGAUUGGAAUGUUCCAGUCGAAAUUAUAGGUACUCCUAUUAUGCCCCCCAGUGUACAUCGUCUUCCAGGUAGACCACCCAUACGACGUAAGCGAUCCAGACACGAGUGUACCCACGGCUCAGGAAAUGCACUCGCUGGGUGGACUUGGUCAUAA